GUACGAUCGACUCCGAUUCCGGCCGGUAGAUUCAAUAUAACAUUGAUCUCCUCAUAGCUCGUAAUUGGGACCAUAAACCAUUCUGAUUAUACUAACUACCGUAAAACCCCGAUUACCGAUUACAUCCGCGAUGGAGCCUUUCCGAUUGACAGCCACCGAAGCCCUCGCUAAAAUCAAAGAUGGAUCAUUAUCAGUGGAAGCAUAUGCGCGUUCACUGCUUUCACGGAUUGAGCAGAGAGAUGAUGCUGUUAAAGCGUGGGCACAUCUGGAUCCCGAGUACGUGAUUCAGCAAGCCAAGCAGCUGGACUUAGUACCGCCUGAAAAGCGAGGUCCUCUCCAUGGCGUCGCUAUUGCCGUCAAAGACAUCAUGUACACCAAGGACAUGCCGACGCAGCACAAUUCUCCGAUUUACGAGGGGCACGAUCCGACACUCGACGCCGCAGCGAUCGCGACACUUCGCCAUGCAGGGGCACUGCUAAUCGGCAAGGCGACGACAACAGAAUUCGCUUCCACCGCCACAGGCCCCAAGACCCUGAACCCCCACGACCCCACCCGAACCCCCGGCGGCUCUUCCUCCGGGUCCGCCGCCGCAGUCGCGGACUUCCAAGUGCCCCUCGGCCUCGGCACGCAAACCGGCGGCAGCACGAUCCGGCCGGGCUCCUUCAACGGGAUCUUCGCCUUCAAGCCGACCUGGGGCGCCAUCAGCCGCGAGGGGCUGAAGUUCUACUCCCUCAACCUCGACACCAUCGGCUUCUUCGCGCGAAGCGUCGCGGACCUGGAGUUGCUUUCCGACAUGUUCAAUCUCGAGGACGACGACGCGAGGCCGGAUUUUGCGAUUAGGGGGGCGAAGUUCGCGGUCCUGAAGACGUCGGUGUGGCCGCAGGCUGGCCCGGGCACGGUGGCGGCGCUGGAGGCUGGUGCGAGAUUGCUUAGGGACGGCGGCGCGGACGUCGAGGAGAUCGAGCUGCCGCCGGAGUUCGACAGGGUUGUGGAGUGGCACCGCACCGUGCUGCACAGCGAUGGGCGGCCGACCUUCUUGCCGGAGUAUAGGGUGGCCAAGGAGAAAUUAGACCCCUUUAUUGCAGACCACGUGGAGAACGGGCAGAAGAUAUCGCGCGCGGCGCAGCUGGAGGCGUUUGAUGGCUUGGCUGCGCUGAGGCCGAGGAUCGAUGAGAUUGCGAAGAAGUACGCGGCUAUUCUUACGCCGAGCGUUGUCGAUGAGGCGCCGAAGGGGACGCAGUCGACGGGGAGCCCGGCGUUCAAUUGCAUGUGGACGGCGCUACACACUCCGGUAGUCAACGUCCCGGGGUUUCAGGGGGGAAAUGGCAUGCCGAUAGGGUUAUCGUUGGUAGCACCACGAUAUCACGACAGGCACUUGCUGAUCGUAUCUAAGGCUGUUGGGGAUAUAUUUGCAGCUGAAGGCGGCUGGAAGUCAAAGGUCUAGGCUGCCGAUGUUAGGUGGUUGCUACAUACUCUUAGGUAUUCCUUGGUAAGCUCCAUUUCUUACGGUUUCGAUUUACUCAGAUUUAUAGUACAAGUGCAUUUUAGAACAACAACAUAUCUUUUUAUUUAGCAUAUGCAUUUACUUACCUAAACGUGGGUGUUUAU